ACGCGACCUUUCAAGAUCCAGUCGAGCAUCUAUUAGACAAAGCAUUCUUCAACGAAGAAUGACAAGGCUUGAGUCUUCACGAGGUAUGUAUCAUUGAUUUCAAUAAAUUAAUCUCGUGCUGAGAUUAAUGUACAUAGUUACUUCAGCGAUAUAUUGAUCAAACAAUUGUGUAGUUGUACGGAAUAAUUUAUAAGGCAAUCAUUGAUAAUGUCUCUUGUGGAACCGUCAUUGUUAGACAAGAGGCUCUGUGAAGUGUUCGAUGUAUUCGAUACUGCAAAAAGCGAUGAAAUAGAUGUCGGAGAUUUAGGAACUGUGAUUAGAGCGUUAGGAUGCGUUGUUACUGAAGCAGAAUUGCAAGAAAUACAAGUUCAAGUCGAAGAUGUUCUUAAUAAUACUGUACCAUUAAAUAAAUUUUUAGAAUACAUGUCCAAAGCUAUUAAUGAAGGCAGAUUUAAACCAGCAGAACCGGAAGAUUUGUUUCAAGCAUUUCAAUUGUUAGAUCCGGAUAAUAAAGGGUAUAUUAUGUGUGACGAAUUAGAGAAGGCAAUGAUGGAACUCGGAGAGCCGUUCUCGAAACAGGAAAUAACUAAUAUGAUGUCUAUUGCGUGCGAUCCGGAAACUAAAAGGAUCAAUUAUGAACAUUAUAUCAAUUUACUACUUGUGAAAAUACCUGAGGAUCUUAAUGUAUAUCAUAUUGUUGAAGUCAUGGAACAAGCUAGAUUAGAAGCUAUGCCCAAAAAACGUAGAUUGGAAAGUCUGCUCAUGGACUAUACUGUUUAAUAUUUUUGCACUGGACUGAUAUAACUAUUUAGUAAAGGAAAUAGGGAACAGGCAACGUGUGUGGAGAAAUAUUGAAACUUACGAUGUGGUCCAGACUCUCUUGGACAGUAUGAUCUCUUGAGUAAGUUAAACUCAACUUUGAAACUUGCAC